AUGUCGACGCUAUUCAACUUAAAAGGAAAUCAAUCCCGAACGUUCAAGCCCAAGAAGGUGCCAGAGGGAACAAAGCAGUGGCAAUUGAAACAAUAUGCUCAACAGACAUUAGGAUCUGGUAAUUUGAGAACAGCAGUACAGUUACCUGAAGGAGAGGAUUUACAAGAAUGGAUAGCAGUGCAUGUGGUGGAUUUCUUCAAUCAUGUCAAUAUGCUUUAUGGGACUAUCUCAGAGUUCUGCACUCCUACAGAGUGUCCUAUCAUGAAUGCUGGUCCGAAGUAUGAGUACUUCUGGGAAGAUGGAGAGAAUUAUAAAAAACCAACUCAUCUAUCAGCGCCGGCAUACGUCGAAGCGUUGAUGACAUGGACUCAAUCCAUAUUAGAUGAUGAAAAGCAUUUUCCUCAACAAAUCGGAAAACGAUUUCCACCCACAUUCAUCAACACAGCCAAGACUAUCUUGAGGAGGUUGUUCAGGAUUUACGCCCAUAUAUAUCAUAGUCAUUUUGAUCAGAUCUGUGCUUUGGGUAUCGAGGCUCAUUUGAAUACCAACUAUCGUCAUUUCUUAUUAUUCGUAGACGAAUUUCAACUCCUCUCAGAGAAAGAUCUCAUCCCUCUUGAAGAAUUCAACAAAACCAUCUUAGAUGAAACAGGUCGACGUUAG